AUGAACGAGUCAAAUUUCAGAUUCUACUUCGAGAAUCGUGAGCAGUUUACAGUGGAGCAAACGACAGCGUUGCGAAGGAUAACCUUCUCGAGUGUGUUGUGUGCCACUGGGGACGAUAUUCGCUUGUUACCGAGGCAUUCGUUUAUUGUUGGUAAUCAGUCUUUGAUUCCAUGCGAAUUAAUUCCCGUAUUGGAUCUUGAACCGUGGCGAGAGUAA